CGGACGAUUCGGGCGACCUGUUGUCGAUUCUACUUGUAAAAUUUGGACGAGAAAGUUUCGCGGAAACAUAUUGAAAAUUUCGCGAAAAUUUCCAAUUUCUUCUCGAGUUUUUCUUCUUUCUACGUUUUCUUUCAUUUUAUUAGUUUUACCUUGACGCGAACAAUGAAUAGUAGCGCGAGCAGAAAUAUUUCCGGCAACUAUUGGAUCACAAUCGCUGUUGCACUUUUUGCUUCGCUUUGUCUCAGUGAAAUCGUAUCCGCACAACCUGGAUAUAACAGAGUUGCGCGCGAGAACACGGUCGACAUCUACGACACUCUGUUAAAUUUUGCGAAAAUAGGAGAGAAAGAUAUGGCGGAAGAAAUGAGCGCUGGAAUAUCAGGAAUGACUAAAGAACGACACAAACGAUUAUCGGAUCAAAGGCGAGCAGAACUAGAGACCCUGAUGGCACUCUCGAAAAUGACGGGGAAAUUGGUAAACGUGAUCAGGGGAGGACGUCAACUGCAACCAACCAAGACUGACAGGAAAAAACGUUCGGUCUUCGACAUAAACGUGAAGAAUCUACAAAGACUGUUCCGACUGUCGCAGAAAUUGGGAUACAAAGGAAACGCGGCAUAUCCGGUUGUUAGCUUCACAGGCUGCCGGGACUCUUGAAUGUUCUAUGUUUCGGUCUCAUUUUCAUCUCAAUGGCGAGAAGUUGAAGCCACAGAAUCAUGCAGAAUGUAUUGGCGUGAAUUUAUUUAUCCAUGAAAGUGCAUCGAACCAAAAAAGGAUGACCCUGGCACAAAAGAAAUUUCGUGUAUCGAUUCGUCUGCGAAACCAUUGACGAAUCACGAAUCAGGCGUUUCAUAAAAAAUUAUUAUCAUCUCCUAUGAAUUUCGCAGGAAUAAUACAAAUUCCAAUUACUGCACAACUAUUUAUUUAUUAUACCUAAUGGGAAACUGAUAUGAAUCCUCUUGUGAGAUAUUUCUUAAUGUAUUCUUUCUUAUACUCUGACAAUAAAUUUAUAUAAUAUAAUAUA